AUGAACGUUCGGCCCUCAGCUCUGGUGUCUUCGCAGCUCGUGCGGCUGCUCGACAUCGACGACGGCACGCUGACCGUCGACCAGGAGGCCGGGAUAACGCUUUGCCUCGCGCUGGGGCCGCAGACUGUGCUGGCCGCGCUGUCGUAUCUUGAAAACGGCAACUGCGAGAUUCGCCGGUUCCGGAGCGAGACACUGGUCGUCAUCACAUGCAAUGCGCGGUACUUGGUCGAUCUUGAACGCCGGUUUUGCUGCUGUCGGGAAAAACUCGAGCAGGAUUUGGCCCAGCGUGAGAGCUGGUGCAGCCAUCUAGUCUGUGGCGAGCUGGCCAAAAUACACAGAGACAAGCUAGUGGCGCAGAAUCUGGUGGCGGAAAGGGACGUGGCGGAUCUGGGCGAGUGGGCCCAGCUACAUGUAGAGAGCGUGGUGAGCCUGGCCAAGGGCGCACCGUAG